AUGACAACUCGCAACGAAAUAAAGUUAUUUCAUAACAGCUAUCCUCCGUCGAGGGUAGCUUUACUUGUAUCCAAUCAAAUGUUCAGUCGAAGAAAUCAAAGUUCGACAGAAGAGGAAGUUUCUGAUGAAGACACAACAUCAUCGUCUAAUACGUCGGAUGCGACAUCGAAAACAACAACUAGUGAUAGUUGGCAUGAAGCAAAAAGUGACAUAGAACAACACUCCCGGGGGAAUGCAGAGAAAAAUCAAAGUGUCAGGAAAGUGAUCAAGCCACUAAUUGAUGAUGACGAUGAUGCUACGGACCGGGACGUUGGCAAUAACGAUACUGAUCAUGACGAAGCUCUAAUUAAAGCAGUCAACGACAUUUACAUAAAUAGUGACACACAGACAGAGGUUGAAAACAAGUUAACUACUGAGAACACUCUUCCUAUUGAAAAUAAAUCAAAACAACAAACAGAAAAACAAGAAUGGGUCAACCCAUAUUGGGGCCCUAUCUCGAAAACAGUGAUUACAACAACACGAACGACAGUUAAUGAGCAAAUUGAUAGUUCUAAUGCUCCAUGUUUCGUACCGGGCGCAAAUGCACCUGCCGAUCAAAACAAACUUACAAUAAGUGCGCAACGGAAGAAGCAGGACUCUGGCGACUUUUCACAUAGAUCUGACGACUCAUUCCAUACAACUGAAAAAUGUCCAACAGAUGACGGAAUGGAUCAAGACGAUUCGCUCACGUUGAAAAGUGAUGACGCAAGAUCGAAACUACUGUACAGUUCCUCGGGUUAUCAACGUUUGAAGGAAACCGAUUCAUCCGAUGAAGAUGACAUCAGAAUCGCAUCUUUAAUAAACAAACCAAACGUUGCGUCGGACGAAGUUAGUAUCGACACGAAGCCAUGGGUCAAUCCAUAUUGGUCAACAGCAAAUCAAGGAGAUGGCAAAGUCAUUGUAGAGAAGAGAAUAACGCCUAUCGACUCUAAUCCUUCCACUGACUCUUCUCUAGACGCUCGACCCUUUGAAAAGCCAUCCAUCAACAUAGAAAAAGAUCUGCCAUGGGUAAACCCGUACUGGAAAACUGAAAGAGUCACGACCGAAACAAGUUCUAAAGGACCGAAUGAAUCAACCGAUAAUCUGAAGUUGACGGAAAAUGAGGAAUCUCGCAUAGAAGAUAAGAAACCAUGGGAGAACCCUUAUUGGAAAGAAAGCAAAUUGUCAAGUUUACCCUCGACUUCAAAUGAUGAUAAAAAGGAUACCUCAGAGACCAGCAGAAAAGAAGAGAUACCUUGGGAAAAUCCUUACUGGAAAGAUAAAGCAUCAUCAGUCUUUAUCAUUUCAAAGCCGCACCUUGAAUUAGUAGAAAAACCAGAUGUAAAAGAUGACAAACCAUGGGAGAAUCCCUAUUGGAAAGAUAAAUCGUCUACCAUAUCAACACUGGCCACACACGGAAACAAACUUGUAAAUAAUUCGAAUUCCAAACAAGAUAAAAAAGAAAUACCUCAAUCUGUAGUAAAAGAGGAAACUCCGUGGGAAAAUCCUUACUGGAAAACGAAAGCAUCUCCGAAUGUUACCACGCUUAACGAAUCAAAUCAGUCUGCCGGUGAAUUAAAAAUCAAAGACAACAAGCUUGACACCUCAAUGUCUACGAACAAAGAUGAUUCUGUGUGGAAAAAUCCUUAUUGGCAAGAGAGUAAAUCCACCACCGAAACGUCUACUGGGAAAGAAAGCGAAUCGAAAAGCAAUGUUAUUUCAGGAGAUAGUAAACCCGUAUUAAUGACUUCAACGAAACAAGAAGAAAAGCCGUGGGAGAAUCCUUAUUGGAAGAAUAAAUCUGCAGCAUUUCCAAGGUCUCUGAGUCAACCAGAUACGCUAGUCAGUGCUUCGACAUUGAAAGAUUCAAUAGACAGCAAAAAAGUAGACACACCGUGGGAAAAUCCAUACUGGAAAGAAAAGCAUUCGAGUUCGAAACUAUCUGACGAAAAGAAAGAAGCAGAGCCAUGGGAGAAUCCUUACUGGAAAAAUAAGACCGCAGCACUUCCAAGAUCCUUAAGCCAACUAGAUUCGACAGACAGUAAAAAAGAAGACAAACCAUGGGAAAAUCCAUAUUGGAAAGAACAAAAAGUGACAACCUCAGUAGCGGCUACUAUGAAGAAGGAUGCUGAACCGUGGAAGAAUCCCUAUUGGACAGAUAAAGAGACCAGCAGUCCUCUCGAAAAAUUGAAACCACAAGACCUUGAGCCUUCCAUACCUACAGAGGCAAAGCAGGAAGCGAAGCCAUGGGAAAAUCCUUACUGGAAAGAACAAAAAGUGACAACCUCAGUAGCGGCUACUAUGAAGAAGGAUGCUGAACCGUGGAAGAAUCCCUAUUGGACAGAUAAAGAGACCAGCAGUCCUCUCGAAAAAUUGAAACCACAAGACCUUGAGCCUUCCAUACCUACAGAGGCAAAGCAGGAAGCGAAGCCAUGGGAAAAUCCUUACUGGAAGAAUAGAUCCGUAGCACUUGCAAGAUCUCAGAGUCAACCAGAUGCAUCGAUCAGCACUUCACAAUCGAAAGAUUUGACGGACAGCAAGAAAGAAGACGAACCGUGGGAGAAUCCCUACUGGAAGGAACAUAAAGCCACAGCACCAGCAGCGGCCAGUGUGAAGAGAGAAGUUGAACCAUGGAAGAAUCCAUAUUGGACGGAGAAACAGAUAAGCACAUCUUUGAAAAACCCACAAUCAGAAAAUCUUAAGUCUUCACUCUUAACACAGACAAACAAAGAAGAAAAACCGUGGGUGAAUCCAUACUGGAAAGAAGACAAAACCGCAAUUCCAGUAGCAACUAAUGACAAGAAAGAAGAAACGCCAUGGGAAAAUCCUUAUUGGAGGAACAAAUCUGCAGUAGUUUCACGUUCUCUGAGUCAACCAGAUGUAUCGAUAGGUUCUACAAAGUUGAGCGAUGCUGCGGAUAGUAAAAAGGAAGAGAAGCCGUGGGUGAAUCCAUACUGGAAAGACCACAAGGCGGCUGCGGAAAAGGUGACAAGCAUCAAGGAAGAAGCUGAGCCAUGGAAAAAUCCGUAUUGGAACGAUGAUGCAAUUGGAAAGUCGACCGCUACUAAGCAAAAACAACAGACGUCGUGGGAGAAUCCAUAUUGGAAGAGUCAAACAUCUGCAACUCCAGCAGCAGUUAAGAAAGAAGAUAAAUCAACUAAUACGACAACAGAUGACAUAAUGUGGAGAACGGCUGAUCGUAAAACUGUCACAACACAGACUUCAGUUUCUCUCGAGCAACCAGAGACGGUCACUUCGAAAAGUACUGCGCCUGAUCAAUCGACAUGUCCAAAACUACAAGUAGAGCCGUGGCAAAACCCGUAUUGGAAGGAUCAACCAGUCACUAGUGUUAAACCAGCGAAAGAAGCACAGACGCCGUGGGAGAAUCCAUAUUGGAAGAAUCAAAGUGUUCAGGAAACAACUUCGUUUAAGCAGGAUGAUAAGUCAGCAGAAAAUUUAGAUUUCAAACCCAUUGUAUCUGAAGCGGUAAAGUCUACUGAAAAGGAACCAACGCCAUGGCAGAAUCCUUAUUGGAAAGAUCAGCCAACAGCUAAUGCUAAGUCUAGCGCAGAAGUGCGGAAACCGUGGGAGAAUCCAUAUUGGAAGGAUAAGCCUAUUCAACCUGCAUUGCCUGCUGAGCAGGAUAAUACAGCGAGAAUAUCUGAAGCAGCGAAGCCGGAUCAAGCAGAACAGGCACCGUGGAAAAGCCCUUAUUGGAAAGAUGACAAAUACAAGGUUAUUCAUAGUGACAAUCAAUCAAAGCCAGCGAAGCAAGAAAAUAUUCCAUGGGUUAAUCCCUAUUGGAAAGAUAAUAAUGUUCAGCCUAAGGAGUCUUCUAAACAACCAGAUGAACCAUGGCAGAAUCCUUAUUGGAAAAACACUGUGCCUCAAACAACAACGACACCUUCCCAACAGCCAAGUCCACCGCGGGAGAAUUCAUAUUCGAACGUUAAAAUGCCAGAUAACUCAGUCGUAUCAGCCAAGGCAACUGAACCGUCGAAGAAUCCGCACUGGGCUGACUCCAGCACGACAACACAAAAAGCACCUCUGAAAGAAAAUACGUUACAGGAAAAUUCUAAUACUGCGAGUAAAUAUGCAGAGAAUAAACGCCAUCCAGUUACUAUUCUUAAUGACACAUGGAUAAUCGACAAUGAUUCACCUCCUGAUCAUGCCGUCCCACCAAUUCCAUCGUUUUAUAAGCGCAUCUAUCCUCCCGAAACAGCACCGUCAUCGCUGCAACCAAAGUCGACAGCAUCAGAAGAGGCUAGAGUGCAAACUCCUGAUUAUUUAUCACAACUACGAUCUACUCCUGUUCAUAGUGAAAUACAAACGGAUCGAAAGGUCGACUACUAUCCUCCUCAAACGGAUCGAAAAGUCGACUACUAUUGUCCUCAAACAGCAUAUUCACCAGUGCCUGUCAAACAAACAUCUCAGUUCACCACCUCUCCACCAUUUCAAUCAACACGUACGCUAUCACCAUCACCGCCGCCAUUCUCGUCAAAUAUCCCUCAGCCACCGGCGCAUGACAUUCAUCGAGCAGCAUCUCCUACAAGAAAUGAUAUGCCAUUAGCACAAUACACGAACUUGUCGAGUUCUAUACCGCCACCACAACCAAUCCAGCACCAACAAAUAAGUAUUUCUUCCACGCUGGUGUCACCGUCAGAAUUACACGACAUUCAAAAGGCGCUUCGAUGCUUGGAUUUAGGUUCUGAUUCGAUAAUUACCAUAGAGAAAACAGAAUUUUCAUCGACGGGACGUAUUAUUGUUGCAGAAGUGCCUUAUGCCGUACUUAAUUCUGUCGUUAUUGAUAAUAAGAAGUAUCGAUCUCAAGAGUAUCCAGGAUCAUUUUCUACAUUUGAUUCACAAAAUAAUCAGUACAAUUCUCUAUAUUCGCAAGGAACUGCUUCAUAUCCAAAAGACUUAUCUGAUCUGUACGAUACACCGGAUGGUUUCGUUCACAUAUAA